CCCCAAGCCCCCCGUCAUGCCCAAUCCGCAGCUUGAAUUGGUCAGCGAGAUCAAUAAUUUCCAUGCCCGAUUGCGAAUCUCCGCAUCAACGACUCUGACUCUCGUGCGACCAGGCGGACUAACAAUUGACUGACGACACCGAUGGUGGGAACAUCGACACCUACAAUUGCACAAUUGAUUCCAUGAUGUGACCUUUUUUCACAACGAGGCACCUCUUUACUCCCCUCUCUCGACAGCAAGCCUCUGUCCAUCCAUUUUCCCUUCACUUCCUCUGUGUCAAUCCAGAUCGUUGAGACUGCACCACAAUCAACUACAGAACACACACAUUUCAUGGCUUCCGCGACAGGCAUCCCCGAGAGCAAUCCCGCCCUCGAGGAACAAGAACCUCUACUUGGACGGCCAGGAGAUGCCACGCAACUUCAAGGCCAGCGCCUACCAUGGAACCUGGUCACUGGAACAGCCAUCCUCGCUCAAGCCGGAAUAUGGAUCCUAACCGCUCUGGUAUGGGCAUCAGUCCUUGAAAACGACAUCAUCUUCUUCUCCUACCACCCACUCCUCAAUUCGGCCGCAGUCCUCCUUUUAGUCCAGGCCACACUGGUUCUCCAGCCCACGGCGGCUCAGAAAGACAAGAUCCAAGGAACAUAUGUGCAUUCAGUGUUGAAUACGUUGGGUGUUGCAGCUUUAAUCGCCGGCCUCGUCGUCAUCGAAAUGAACAAGGCCUCACACCCCGAAACCCGCUUCCAAAGCACGCACGGAAAGGUCGCUCUACUCGUCUAUAUCCUCAUCUUCAUCCAAUGGCUUGUCGGCCUCGCUCAGUUCUUCACCCCAAACCUGGUCUUUGGAUCCGUUGACAAGGCCAAGUCUGUUUAUAAAUAUCACCGGAUUUCCGGCUACGUUCUCACAGUCCUAUUCCUGGUCGUCGUGGCUUUAGCGACAGAUACUGCUUUCAACCAUAAUGUACUGCACAUGAAGUUAUGGGCUGUUCUUGUCUCAAGUGCAUUGGUUUUGAUCGGUGUGGUUCCAAGGAUCAAGAAACGGAAGUUGGGUUUCUGAGUUGAGGCGGUUUGAAAUAUCACCCCAUUAAUUGUAUUGCAUUGCCUUUGAAUUGGAAGACCUGGGCUUGGGCUUUCGCUAGGAAUAUUCUGUGGACGGAUGCACACGGACAGAAGGGAAGGGAAUUUCUUCGGCGUCGUCGCCGAAGAUUCAUCGCUUGAUCAAGUUGGUUGCAAAUUGCAUUGCACGGUUCUGCUGAAAAGCAAGCAAGCACGCAAGCAUUGUCAUACUGCAUUAUUAGGUAUGCAUUUUGGGCAAGCGAGAAAGCGAUACUACAUGAUGAUAGCUUGUCAUACUUUGUGUUGGACUCAACAAAAACCUCAUCCUAUGUAAUAAGAGCAGAGAUCGAUCCAUUAUCGACUCAUUCAAUACGAGCGAAAAUGAAAACGAAGCAGC